AUGGAAGAAGGGAGUGGCUCUAAUGAUCACAUCGAUCAUCCAAAAGCAUUUUUUAUUUUUCAUAAUAUUCGCCAUGUUCUUCCUGAUUAUUGGGCUAUCCCUCCCAUGAAUGACAACCCAGUAGAACAUUUGGAUUCUACUUACAGACAUGUAGUGGAUGUGAUUUUUACGAGCCUUUUGAAUUUUUUAGGCAGAUUAGGCGGUCUCUAUAUUAAUCUAGGGGGUCAAGGCUAUCUUCAAAUUUAUUCUCCUCGAGCCUUUUGGGAUGUUGAUUCAUUUCGAGAAAUGUUGCGUGAGGUGCUUAGUGAUCAGCAUAGGGUUCUGCAAGAGAAUGAUGCAAUUAUUUGGCAUAAUACAAAUUUGCAGUCUUUGUUUAGUCUCAUCCCUCAAGAGCGUCGAGUAAUAGGGUGCUUGCUAGAGGAUCAGUAUGGAAAUAAACAAGAAAUUAAGAUUCAUGACUUUUUGCGAUUUUUGGUUCAUCCUAAUGAAAAUUUGGUGUUUGUGGUCGGUGACUUUCGAAAUUACAGAGUGCUCGAAGAAGAGAUUGAUCAAUAUGUCAAAGUUUCGGACCCCGGGACACCUACAAAUCUGUGUGUCCGAUUCAUUUGUCAAGAAUGUCAACGAAGAUGGAAUCUUAUAUAAGGUUAAGAGUAUCUCUAAACGAAUGUCUCAUGCUUAAUGUCUUAGCUUGGAUUUAACUUCUCAAUAAUUAUCAAACGAUGAACAUUUCAUCGUAUGGUUUUCGAGUUAAA